CAACUACUCUACAGUGUAGCAACACAGCAUAAAUUAGCACUAGUAAACGCUACUCUGUAAUAGAAAUUGUGAGCAGGUGUUGAAAUCUGAUUAGCAGACUUGUAGCAAUGGCUGGAAUGACGGGCAAGGAAUUCGAGGCAAUCAACAGGAGAAUGGCCUCUCUCGUCGGCCAUCUCCUUCCAGCCCAAGGCGCCGGAACCUCGAAUGCCAGCAUUGCCUUGUCGAAUUGCAGCUCGCAAUUCAACGACACAUACCAUCGGGUGCACGGUGACGUCCCGUCCCACAUCCCUGAAUGGAAACCGGCCUUGGAUGAAUCCGGCAAGGAGUUCAUUGACAUUAUCUAUGAAAAAGCUGUCGGCGAAGGCAUCGCUAAGAUAACGAUUAACAGGCCGGAGAGGAGAAACGCUUUCCGGCCUCAGACGGUGAAGGAGCUCAUGCGUGCAUUCAACGAUGCCAGAGAUGAUAACUCUAUUGGAGUUAUCAUUUUCACUGGGAAGGGCACUAAGGCGUUUUGCAGUGGAGGAGAUCAGUCAUUCAGAGGCAAGGAAGGUUACGCUGAUUACGAUAACUUUGGUCGCCUCAAUGUUCUAGAUCUGCAGGUCCAAAUUCGUCGCCUUCCCAAGCCAGUAAUAGCAAUGGUUGCAGGGUAUGCUGUGGGGGGUGGACAUGUGCUCCAUAUGGUCUGUGACUUAACAAUUGCAGCAGAUAAUGCUGUUUUUGGUCAGACAGGACCUAAGGUUGGAAGCUUCGACGCUGGUUUUGGGGCCUCAAUCAUGUCUCGUUUGGUUGGGCCAAAACGAGCGCGUGAAAUGUGGUUUACGGCGAGGUUUUACAGCGCUGCCGAAGCAGAGAAAAUGGGACUUGUCAAUACUGUUGUUCCUCUGGAGAGGCUUGAAGAGGAGACAAUCAAAUGGUGUCGGGAGAUUAAUAGGAACAGCCCAAUGGCAGUUCGUCUGUGCAAGUCAGCUGUCAAUGCAGCUGAUGACGGCCAUCUUGGACUUCAGCAAAUUGGAGGAGAUGCCACGCUUCUCUUCUAUGGAUCUGAGGAAGGAAGCGAGGGGAAGAACGCAUACUUGCAACGCAGAAAGCCCGACUUCUCAAGAUUUCCUCGUCUUCCAUGAUGUUGUCUUGAGCAACAAAUGUACGCGUGUGCUUAUGAUGUCCGAUUUGAGAAAUAAUGUGUGGGAAAGAAUAAAGUUGUAGGGAGAUUGCGAAAAUAUGGUCCCUAAGUAUUAUUGUUAUUACAAUCACAGACAAAUUGGCAACUCCACAGUUUGUCUAGUGAUCUUCUUUUCUGAAUUAAAUGAAUUCUCCUCCAAGAUUGCUGCUUUUGCCAUAA